CCUAUUGUUGUAAAAGCAAUUAAUUUAGUCAUCGUUCAUGGCCAUUACGUAUAUCAUUGUUCACCAUAUAUUAAUGAGUUCAUAUUCGUACCAUUAUAAAUAAUGGAAGCAUCAUGCAAUAGAACUGCAAAUGGGAGAAUGACAAAAUAAGUAUCGGAAAUCUUUCGGAAGGAACAUAUAUAUUAAAAAGUGCAGUGAAAUUGUACAAGGUGACCCAGAUUCAUUGAUAUCAGCCAUGAGUGUUAAACGGAUGAAUUAUAUCGAGCUGUCGAAGUUUCUUACAAACAAAGGAUUAUCUGAUACGGGAAAGAAAAGUAUUACAGAAAAUGAAAUUACAGGACAGAUGUUAUUUGAAUUUUGUGAAGAGGACAUUCAGGAUGCGUUUUCUGUGUUCAGAGACAGAUUUACAAUACGGAAAGUAUUAAGGGAACAAAAAUCAACAGAAAACCAGUCGUCCUCAGUCGUCUCCCCUAACCGGCCCUCGUUACCAUCAGCCAAUCAUCAAGCUCUGCCUUCAUUACCAUCAGCCAAUCACCAAGUUCUUAGUUCCCAACAAUAUAAACAUUGCGAUUUAAAUAAACAGUCGUCUAAUUCAUUUUCAAACAAACCUGUUUCGUCAUCAAAUCAACAAAACAAUGUAUACAGUCACCAACAUCAUCAGCCAACUCGUGGAGUUAUUUCCCUUGUGUCAUCGGAACCUGAACGGAGUUCUCCGAUGAAGACUCAAGUAAACCCAGCAUUUAUGUCUCCAAGUCGGACUGUAUCAUCGCCACCAAUCAGAAGAGAGGAGACCCAAUCAAGGCGUCAGUCGAUCGAGUUAAUGAAUGAAAAGGUUUCUAGUACGGACGAAUAUAGUCCUCAUCGCGAUCGGAAAGUAAUAGAAAGAGUUGAUGAUAGCCAACUGAACAUUUAUGACUCGGCAGUUGAUGCACUAGUGUCAUUGUCAAAACAUAUUGGCAGUGACUCUAACUUACAACAGAGAACCGGUUCGACUGAAUUUCGUAAAGAUCCGAAAAGUCAUUCGCCUUCAACAUGUUCAAAGACUGCGUCUACAAAUUCGUCAAAUAUCAUACAUCAAAAUCAAAUACAGCUAUAUCAAAUGCCAUCUGCAAGUAGCAUAUAUGGCUUAAAUUACGAUUGUACAUAUGCAUGGAGUGUCAUGUCAAGUAAAGUGAAAACUUUUACAGCAGACGAACUGUUGUCAAAGAGAUCACGUUAUGCCAAACCAACGGAAGCACAACGAUUGGGCGGAAUACUUAUUAGAAAUGCAGCACAUGCAGCAGGUAUAUGGAAGGAUGCACCAUGUUUGCAUGAAAUCAAUGUUCCCCAAAAGAAAGAAUUUUUCAAAUUUAUUGUUUCUUUAGCUCCGCAGUUAUCUGCUAGUCAAAAUACUAUAUUUACUAGGUUGAGGGAAGCUCUUCAAAAUAGGAGGAAGUAUCUUCUGGACAAGAAACUUGGUAAAGUACAGGCAAGACGUAAACGAGGCUCUAGCGAUCUCAGUAUAGAAAUCGCAGAUAGUGGAUCGUUUGUGGAUCUGUCUGGCUUACCCGAUGAUUUUGAAGACGAAAGUAUGGAUAGUAGUGCAGACGAUGACGUCAAAUUUCGAAUGAAUAAUGAGGAAAUCCAGAUUAAAACAGAAGCAAUUGUAAAAAAGGAAUAAUAAAAAAAACUUUACAGCAAAUACAACAGUUGUCUCCUUGCCAUAAUAGAUAUUUCUUAGUACAUGUAGUAGGGACGCCACCUAGGUUCAAACAUUUGUUCAGUCACGUGGUAUGAUGUCAACUUCCGAACUCCAUAAUAAAAGCAAGUUCUGUUCCAUAGUAAUGACAAUUUGGGGUUUCUAUUCCGUCAUAAAAUGUAUUGAAAUUGGAAUUGGGUGAAAUUGGAUCAACAUAAAUACUCUUUUAGGUUUCUGCAUGUGUAUGUCUCAAAGUGUCCGAAGUUUUAAUUGGCAGACUUGU